AUGGAUAACAUCACGCUGCUCAACACGACCCACGAGGAAGUGCCGACGGGCAGUUCUCGAGCAACUUUGAAGCUUAGCCUGUCAGUCGCUUAUAUUAUUCUAUUUAUUGUCGGAACCAUUGGAAAUGGGAUCGUCAUAGUAAUGAUUAUCAAUGUGCUCACAUCGAUGCGAAGAACAGCUCGACGAGGGAAACGAAAAAGUCUCUCGAACACCAAUCAUGUGUUCAUUUAUGUGCUAGGUUUAUCAAUCGUCGACCUUGUCGUUAUACUUCACUUGCCUUUUCUGGUCGUUGACCUCUUGAAAGGAGAAUGGUUGUUUGGGACAGCCAUGUGCAAGCUAUAUUGGUUCGGCGAAAGUAUUAGCAAGCUAUUGAGCUCAUUUAUCAUGACAGUGCUUAGUUGGGAUCGGUACCUGGCUGUCUGCAGUCCUGUCAAGUCGAUGAGGAUUCGUAGCAAUUGUGUGGCAUUGCUAGUGAUGUUUAUUUGCUCAAUUCUUGCUGUGAUUCUUCUACUGCCUGUUCUGAUACAAUCUGCAGUAUUCAAAAUUGAUAAGAUGAGCAUGAUGCCAUUACAAGAUGACACAGAUGAGCAUAGAUUAUCUGAUCUCCAUGGCACAACAAUAUCGAAAUGCAUAUUUGACUCAGAUGCAAUGUUCACACUCUACACUUUUAUGACUGGAUUCGUUUUUCCAGCGAUUUUAAUUACACUAUUCUACUCACGGGUUAUAUGUAAAGUGCAAGAGUCAUCGCGCAAUAUGCGGAUAGUGCGAACAUUGCCUGAGCAGGGGAAGAGGGAUGUUUCCACUCAUCGGGUACAGCAGGUCACGAAGCGAAUCGUAGCUGUGAUUCUGUUCUACUUCCUUUGCUGGACACCACAAUGGGCAUUGAAUCUGAUGACGCAGUUCAAUCUUAUUCAUGUCUCAUGGAUGACGCCAGCACUUUCCGCAAUGUUCUUUGUGGCUCACCUAUUGGUAUGCUUCAACUCAGCAGCCAAUCCAGUGCUAUACGCACUGAUCAAUCGAGAACUUCGCCAGCAGCACGUCAUGGCAAUGGCACGAAAACGGCAAUCGUUCACUCAUGCCACCCACGGAGCUCUAGAGUUCGUCGCUCGUCACACCCACAAAAUUUCGCAAAAUGUGCCAAGAGGUUCGGCAGCAUUAAGUGUUGUGUCGAUCGACAUGAAAAGGAAUUCAUUAUUACAGCGUAUUAGAAGAAGUGUUAUUUUCAGACUCGCCGGUGUAAAGUCAACGUUCUUGCAAGCUUCUUCGAAAAUACCAUCACCUUCUCGUGCGUCGGAGGUAUCGAAUGAACCUUUGAAGGAAUCGCUGUUAAUCACACCCACGUCGUCAAAUGCUGCCACGAUGAAUAUACCAGAAAUUACAAUAACAGACAACGAUGAUUACCUGUAA